UAUUAUCGAAACGUCAAAGGUGUAUUUUUGAUAUGAAAUCUGAGAAAAUGAGUUAGCCAAGCAGUGCUGUAUGCUUAUUAUCGCCAGCAUCUCGUACGGAAGUUUUGUGCAAAUCUGAAGUAUGCAAAGCCCUGCUCAGAAUAUUUCCUGUAAACAAACGCCACUACGAGAUAGGGACCAUCCCACUUUCACUUUCAACAGAAACUUGUUUCUGCCGUCAUUUGUUCGCUAUUGAAAGGACCAAUUUUCUAGUUUCUCUCACGUGUUGCGCUUUAUCUGCGACAAGACUUCCAAGAAAAACAUUCAUACUAUGCGCAUUUUCCAAUCUUAAAGCUUCUAUCUGCCCUUUGGCGCUUUGUCUUCUUUUUUUGCACUGAAACCAGCAUGCCCAGUCUCGCACUCUCUCGAUCUUCCAACGGCGAUAUGUCGCACUCUAACACGUCCAAUAAUACCGGUAUUGCCGGUGUGGGCGUCAACAGUCCACAGAUCUUUACAAACAACAUUUGGGUCCAGAUGGGCUAUACACCUCCCCGUGGCCCCUGCACGCACAAAGCGUCCCUCAUUGCCCCAGGCUGUCCUUGUCUCCGCUUCAUGAUUCACCCAACCAAGGCCGCGACGAGCUUCGAAUGCGAUGGCUGCGGACACCACGCGUCAUAUCACCAACUGGAAAAUAAGAAGGAAGAUGAGAUCCUCGCGCGGUGGCGAGCGGAGGAAGCAAGUGCGAAUGAUCGACAUCCCAUUACCGGGCGGAAGAGAAGGCGUACGCAGAGAGGCACCGGCAAUAAUACUGGCCAGGUCGACGCACCAAACGGCGGCGCCGCUGGAAGAGGUGCAGCGGAACGCGGACAUGGUUUUCAGAUGCCCGGACACUUGGGAAAUAGCUUCGACAGCGAAGAUCCCGCUUCCAUGACAGAACAAGUCCACGUCCUGGACAGCGAUUCGUCCGAGACCGAAGAGGAUGGAAGACUGAUUGAAGGAGGAGUUGGGCGCCAUAGUCAAAGCCAAAUGGCUAGUAUUCCAGGAACAACAUUACGUGUGCCUGACCGAAAUACGAUUCUGCAGUCGUUACGAUCGCGACGGAGCCGGAUAUUAAGUAGUAGCGGGUGAGAAAACAAAGUGGCACCCGUUUACUUCUUCUCCUACUCCCUCUCUGUCAGAAGUCACGCUGCGACGAGCUACACGCUAUGUUCCUCACGCUGUGAAACUCUAUGUUAAUCCGGCACUCUUACUCGCCCUCAGUAUCGUAGCUCGACUACGACUUUCUCCGUCGGGAGAGUCCUCAAGCGCUCCUUGCUCCGCCGGCUCGUCAAAUACGCAGAUCUGCGAAAGAGCGGAGAUGGGCUAGGAAG